AUGGAAAAUCUUCAGCAAAACAAAAGCAAUAGCACUAGUAGAAACUGUAGCAAGAAUCAUACUAGAAACUAUGGAGGGGGGAGAGGGAACCGUGCAGGGAAUAGCCAGAGGGGCGAGGGGAACGAUUACCAGAAGAAUGGAGGUAAUGGUUACACGAGCGGAGGGAAUAAAGGGAAUAGUGAAGGCAGUAGGGCUAAUAGCUGGCGAGACAGUCACAACAAUGGUAGGGGUUCUAGAGGAAGCUCUAGAGGAGGUUCAGGAGGGAACAAUACCGGGAAGGGGAAUAAAGGGAAUGGUGAAGGCAAUGCGAGUAAUAACUGGCGAGACAAUCAUAAGAGUAGCGGGGGUACUGGAGGAGGUUCAGGAGGGAAUAAUACCGGAAAGAGGAAGAAAACAGACAAAUCAUAA